UGUGUAUAGAAUAUAUCGUUGCAUAUGACAUUCCGAAACGUCAUUCUUCUAUGUUGUUUUUUCAUUCAUUCUGCAGCGACGGCUGCUGUGCUCUUCUUCUCGGUCACAGCGUUUAAUUUCUGCUCUCUUUUCUUUGUUUUGUUGAUACAUUCGCCAUCAUUUUCGUACACACAGCACACGCGACUUUUUAAUGAAGUGAGUUGAUGACUCGGAAAGCGUCGUGGAAACAGCGAUAGCAUAGAACGAAAUACAAUCGCAUGAAGAAAUGUGAACUUAUAUUUAAAUUUAUUAUCAUCAUCGUUUACACAUACAUUCAGCUUUCUUAGAUUUUUCAACUCGUAAACAUAAACGAAUUUCAUGGACUAAAAAUAUACAGUCGCGUAAUGAGUGUGUGUAUUUGAGUUGUGAUCAACUACAUUUAUAGCAAUUAAAAAUGUUUGGACGAAAAAUUCAGUUUAUAUUCUUUCGUCAGCUUUAGUUUCUUUGCAACGUUCUAAUGGUUCGCACAGACGGAAAACUGAUCAUACGAAAAAUUGUGUGAAGUAAUUUGAAUGGAAAUUGCUUGUGUGUUUGUUGGGUUUUUUUUUCGGUGUCAUUUUGAAAGUGAAAUAAGAACCGGCAAAUAAGCAACUUAAUCGGUUUGCACGCGACAUAUUUUGUACCAUUUACGUAUUUGUAUUUAAAUGCAAUUCAGUAGAAAUUGUAUUAGCUAAUUCUUCGAUUUGGUUUGAAUGUGCCAGCAAAAUGGUGUGCACCACACGAUUUGCAUUUCUUAUUGGAGCCAUACUUUUAGUAUUAAAUGAUGUGAUAAACGCAAACAGCAAUGAAAUUGUCGACAGUGAUGUAGGAGAGCUCGAUGUGAAAGUGUUCACCGUAGCAUCGGAAGACACUGAAGGAUAUUUACGAUACAUUCGAUCGGCCAAUUACUACAAUGUAGAGGUGGAAACAUUGGGUAUGCAUGAAGAAUGGCAAGGCGGGUCCAUGGAGAGCUAUGGCGGAGGAUAUAAAAUUAAUUUGUUGCGUGAAGCACUUGAACCGUACAAAAAUGACGACCAAAAAAUUAUUUUAUUUACUGAUAGUUACGACGUGCUGUUCACUACCACUAUCGAUGUCAUAGUGCACAAAUUCAAGAAAUUCGAUGCCCGUAUCUUAUUCGGAGCAGAAAAGUAUCUGUGGCCUGAUACAACUGUGGAGCAUUUGUAUCCAACCGUUUCGAAACACUUGCCAAAAUAUUUGAACUCGGGACUGUUUAUGGGUUAUGCAUCGAAUGUGUAUGAAAUGUUGAGCAUACCAGUUAAAAAUAAGGACGACGAUCAACUUUACUACACCAAAGCAUUCUUAGACGCAAGCAUUCGCAAAAAGUUACAAAUCAAACUGGAUCACGAGUCGGAAAUCUUCCAGAAUUUGAAUGGAGCUUCGGGUGAUGUUCGAGUACAGUACAACGAAGCCACUGGCGAAUAUUUCAUUAAAAAUAUUCAAUCCGAUUCGACACCAAGUCUGAUCCAUGGAAAUGGACCGAGCAAAAUAUUGUUGAACAAUUUCGGUGGAUAUGUGGCCGGUGCCUUCAAACACAACGAAUGCCAACUCUGUCAAGAGAAUAAAUUGGACUAUUCAGAGAAACAAGAAGACUUGCCAAAAGUUACCAUUGCAGUUGCCAUUCCAAAUGCAACGCCAUUCCUUGAAGAGUUCUUCGAUUCCAUUUUGGCACUGGACUAUCCAAAGGAGAAGCUAAACAUUUUCAUCUAUAAUAAUGUACAAUACCAUGAUGAAUUGGUGCAAACCUUCCUCGAGACUCAUGGCGCUACAUAUGCAGGUACAAAACAAAUCAAACACACUGAUUCGUACAAGGAAGCAAUCGCCCGCAAUUUGGCAGUGAACUAUGCCGAACGUGAAAGAAGCGAUUAUUUGUUUGUUGUCGAUGCUGAAGCCCACAUAGAUAACCCAUCUACCCUGAUCCGCUUGGUUGAGCAAAAUCGUAAUGUAAUUGCACCGGUGAUGACGCGUUACGAAUCGUCGUGGAGCAAUUUCUGGGGAUCAUUGAGUGAGAAGGGUUUCUAUGCACGAUCGCAUGACUACAUGCAAAUUGUCAAAAAUGAAAUUCGCGGUUUAUGGAACGUUCCAUUCAUUUCAUCGUGUUACCUGAUCAAAAAAGCAGUCUUCCCGAAAAUCACCUACGCCGAUGAUGAUGUCGAUCCGGAUAUGGCCAUGUGCAAAAAUCUACGAGCUCAGCAAAUUUUCUUGUACGUUUACAAUGCAGAAUAUUACGGUCAUUUGGUGAACAAUGAAGACUAUAACCCAGCGUUGACAAACCCAGAAUUCUACAUGUUGAUUACAAAUCAAAUGGAUUGGGAGAACCGAUACUUACACCGUGACUACAUCAAUCAAUUGAAACCGAAUCAAACAUAUAAGCAACCGUGUCCCGAUGUCUAUUGGUUCCCAGUUGCUAACGAACGUUUCUGCGAUGAUUUGGUAAAAAUUGUCGAAACCUUUGGAAAAUGGUCCGAUGGUACGAAUCACGAUGAACGCUUGAAUGGCGGCUAUGAAGCAGUUCCAACACGUGAUAUUCACAUGUCGCAAGUCGGUUUGGAAAAUGUCUGGUUAACUUUCCUAAACAAAUACGUGCGACCAUUACAGGAGGCAGUUUUCAUGGGCUACUAUCACAAUCCAGUACGAUCAAUUAUGAAUUUCGUUGUGCGCUACAGACCAGAUGAGCAGCCAACAUUGCGACCACAUCAUGACUCAUCCACUUAUACCAUCAAUAUUGCAUUGAACACUGUUGGAGUUGAUUACGAAGGUGGUGGAUGCCAUUUCUUACGCUAUAAUUGCUCGGUGACAGCAACACAAAAAGGAUGGAUGCUUAUGCACCCCGGACGCCUGACACACUUUCACGAAGGCUUGAGAACAACGAGUGGAACUCGUUAUAUUAUGAUUUCCUUCGUCGAUCCAUAGACUAAUUCAAUUGAUAGCAGUAAUAACACGCUCGUAUUUUUCUUAAAUUUCGAUGUACAAAUGAUUUUAAAUUAAGAAGAAGAAAAUGAAAAAAUCCAAUCCAAUCCAAUCGAAUAUAAAUUUUUCGAUGAAAUUUACCGUUUUUAUUCACGUAAACUGUCAAUGACUAUAUUUGUAUGAAAGGAAUUUUCGUGUGUUUUACUGUAAAAUUAUGAUAUUUUUCAAUUAAAGCUAUUUCAAUUAAGAACUUUCGAAAAA